CAUAGCUUUUCUCUUUCACGGUGACGAAGAGCACUGUUUGUUCGUAGAACUUAGUCAAAAAGCAGCAGAUCCUAAUCGUAUUUCUUUCCUUUCAAUAGUCCAAGUUUGUUAGUGUGAAACAAAGAAAUAGUGUAGUGAUUAUUGUGCGUCGCGGAUUUCUCAAGCUUACUGUACCAGCAAUAGUCCAAGUUACGGCUAGCUAGUGUCGCAUUUAGUUAAAUCGAAAUCGUGAUUUUAGUGGGUGGCGAAGAAAAAAAGUGUUCCUGUGAGUUGUGCAACGUAAUUAGAGGAGUUGCCAGGAACGAGCAGCUGAAACAGACGGAAAGGUUUUGUGGGCACUGUACACCCCGUGGAUAGAUUCCGACUGCAUCUGCAAAGAUGUCCUACGCGUAUUUGUUCAAGUACAUCAUCAUAGGCGACACGGGAGUCGGCAAAUCAUGCCUGUUGCUUCAAUUCACCGAUAAGCGCUUCCAACCGGUGCAUGAUCUGACGAUCGGUGUUGAAUUUGGAGCUCGGAUGAUCACCAUCGAUGGCAAGCAGAUCAAGCUGCAGAUCUGGGACACGGCCGGCCAGGAAGCGUUCCGCUCGAUUACUCGUUCCUACUAUCGGGGUGCCGCCGGAGCGCUGUUGGUGUACGAUAUCACCCGGCGUGAGACGUUCAAUCAUCUGACCACCUGGCUGGAGGAUGCCCGGCAGCACUCGAACUCGAACAUGGUGAUCAUGUUGAUUGGAAACAAGAGUGAUUUGGAGUCUCGUCGUGAUGUGAAAAAAGAGGAAGGCGAAGCCUUCGCCCGAGAGCAUGGCCUAGUAUUUAUGGAAACUUCUGCUCGUACAGCGGCGAAUGUGGAGGAAGCUUUCAUCAAUACCGCAAAGGAGAUCUACGAGAAAAUUCAGGAAGGUGUGUUUGAUAUCAACAAUGAGGCAAACGGUAUCAAGAUUGGUCAGGCCCACUCGCCGACCAAUCCUUCCCUAGGCAGUGGAAACAAUUCUGGUGGCCAGACUAGCAGUGGUUGCUGUUAAAAUAUAUUGGAGACAUAAACAUCACACACAUUGCUGCAUUGUUCAGUUCUGGCAGAUUGGGUGCAAUGGAAAGUGAAAAGUGAUUAGGCAAAAAUUUGUACCCGAGCACCGUGCAGGACUUUGUAUAAACAAACAAACAAACAAUGACGAAAUUCGUAAUGAGCUCCUAGAAACAUACAGAUAAUAUAAUUCUUAUGGAAGAUUGGAUCUGUGCAAGCGGGACGUGAGUUGUGAAUGUUGUAAAAUGAAUUAUACAUUUUUUAAUUUUAUUAAUGCCAACGCAAAUCUGAUAGACAUAAAAGACCAGGCAGUGAGAUAAACUGAUCAUUUCCGUUUUUGUUAACCAUGUUCAUAACGUAGAAUGAAAAAAUGCGGUAACAACUUUUUGAUGCUAAUAGCCCUUUAUACGCUCAUCUGUCAUUGAAUUGUCGCCUGGUAUUUGGCAUGAGAGCGUUUAAUGGGUUUGAAAAUAAACCAAUUACCUUACUGCAUGUUUAGUAAUAUCUUAAAGUUAAAUCAUAUUAUCAACUACGAACAACUACUGAAUUUCUAGUGUAAUCCUGAACCAUUAAUGCAAACUUUUAUUGAUCUACAUAGAUAAAAAAUAGCUUUUACCAAAUCGGGUUGAUUGUCUUAGCCAAGACAUUUUACAGAUUCAUAUUCGAGUUUCAGCUUAAAUCAAAACGAUUACGAUUGGGGCUACAUGCAUUCCACAGCUCUCCUCUUUCUAUGGAUAGGAAAAAAAAUCUUCCAAAUUGUCGAUUAUUAUUUUAAUGUAUGUCCAACCAGGAACUGUGUUUUGCUCUAAUUCGAUGUGAUGUGCGAUAUGGAAACGUGCUUGUGGUGUGCAUUUUUCAAAGAAUGAAAUUGAAGUCCCUCUAUUGGUUUUAGCUAUGAUUUUAGAAAUUACACAUUUGUGUUAAAGAACCUAAACAAAACAGUGAAAUGAUUAUGUGUCGUUUCACCCACGAUUACUUUUCAGUUGUAAUCAAUUAAAGUUUAAAACAAAUAACAUAAACAAUAAAUAAUUAGUUCUAACAA